UUGUCAAAGUAAACAAAUUUAUUAACAUGAUGGCUUUUAAUCACUUUAUAAUAAUUUAAGUGUUUGAUACGGAAAUAAUUUUUCUUAAAUCCGUUUAGUAAUGGCAUAUUUCCAUUACCGUUGUGGAGAAAGGAUCACUUUAAUUAAUGAAAACACCACAGCAAUAAGGAAUGAUAGCGAAUUCGAUCAUGGAUUAGUAAUUUCGGCAGAGCCUCUCAUUAAUGAUAUUCUUUUCGAAGUUAUAAUUGAUAGAAAGGUAAAUUCUUGGUCAGGAAAUUUAGAAAUUGGAGUUGUAGAUGUUGAUCCAUUGCAUUUUGACUUUCCUCCGUGUGCUUCAAAAAUUCAAUCUUCGUCAUGGAUUAUGUCAGGCACGGCAGUUUUCAAGAAUGGCAAUUGUCUAAUAGAAAGGUACGGGUUCGAUUUAGACAAAUUAAACCAAUUCGACAGAGUGGGAUUAGUAAAAACGUCCGAGGGUGAUUUAAUAUUCUACAUAAACGGGGAAUCCCAAGGAGUCGCCGCCGAAGCUUUACCGAACGUAGUCUACGCCCUCGUCGAUUUGUACGGCAAGUGCGUACAAGUCAGCAUCACGAGUCCUACCUUUAGAGAGCAUAAUAACGACGAUUGUCUCAGCGGCAGCUCGGUACUAGCCAUAGAAAACGACGUGCUAAACGUGACCUUAGGCGGAGACCUCAGCGAACUGAGUUUGAGCAGCAGUAACAGUCUGGACAUAAGGAUGGAUAUGAAUGUUAGUAUAAAUAUACCGGAAGAUGGUGCUAGACUGGAUAAAAUGCGGUUUCACGAGCGCUGCGGAUCCCUUGUUAAGCUGUCAAACGUCAAUAGGACAGCGGAAAGAAGAAGACCUCUGGACGAGUUCAAUAACGGGGUGGUUAUGACGAACAGACCUCUUCGAGAUUCGGAACUGUUCGAAAUAAGAAUCGAUCGUUUAGUUGACAAAUGGAGUGGCAGUAUUGAAAUGGGUAUAACAACUCAUAAUCCAAAUUCCCUGGUUUUUCCUGCGACCAUGACUAACAUGCGUAGCGGUACGAUUAUGAUGUCAGGCUGCGGUAUCCUAACCAACGGUAAAGGAACGAGAAGGGAAUAUGGCGAUUUUAAUUUGGACGAACUGAGCGAAGGAGAUCGUGUGGGAAUGAUGCGAAAACCCGACGGAAACCUGCAUUAUUUCAUCAACGGUCUGGAUCAGGGAGUUGCAGCUCAGAGGGUGCCUUCAACUGUUUGGGGUGUUAUUGACCUGUACGGCAUGACUAUUAAGGUAUCUAUCGUGGAAAGGGACGAGAGGGAGGAACAGAAUUUAAUAACGAGAAAAAACACCAGGGACCAGCACAGUAUCGCUCCCGAUCCCCAGCCCCUGCCCGAUUACUACGACCGGCUGACGUUUCACUCGAACUGCGGCACCCACGCCGAAGUGAUCAACAAUGGCAGGACAGCGCACCGGCCUAACGCCUCCGACGACUUCAACAACGGCGUCGUUCUGACCGCGAGGCCCUUGAAGACGGGCGAAUUCUUCGAGGUUAGGUUGGACAAGGUGGUGACGAAAUGGGCGGGGUCGAUCGAGAUCGGCGUCACCACCCACAGUCCGGUGGAUUUGGAAUUCCCGUUUACCAUGACAAACGUGCGGUCGGGUACGUGGAUGAUGACUGGCAGCGGUAUCAUGCAUAAUGGUACGAUCAUACAAGAACAGUACGGGGUCAAUUUGGACAGACUUCAAGUUGGCGAUAGGGUUGGACUUGUCAGAAAAGAAAACGGACAGUUGCAUUUCUUUGUCAAUGGAAUUGAUCAGGGCAGUGCUGCCAAUAAUGUACCAGAGAAGGUUUAUGGUGUAGUAGACUUAUACGGCCAAGCUGUUGGUGUUACAAUCAUAGAUAUGUACGAUUAUGCUUCUCCUGAUACCAUUAAUUCUGGUUUGUCCAAUGCAACACUCUACAGCGAUUUAAGAUUUCACCACGUCCAUGGUAAGAACGCGCGAAUAGUGAACAACGGCUUGACAGCCCUACGACCGCGACCUCUAGCGGAAUUCAACGACGCCAUCGUGUUCUCGAACAGGCCUCUGAAAGACGGCGAAUUGUUCGAAGUUGUGUUGGACAGUAUCGUGGAACGCUGGUCAGGAAGUAUUGAAUUGGGUGUCACCGCGGUAAGGCCCGAUGAUAUAGAACUGCCCAGUACCGCUACUGAUUUGAACAAAGACACCUGGAUGCUUAGCGGUUCUUCCAUUAUGAUUAAUGGAAAAACUACCCAAAACAACUAUCCCUGUGAUUUGGACACUUUAAUAUCAGGAAUAAGGCUUGGUGUUAUGCGCUCCGCCGACAAGUCUUUGGAGUUCUUUAAGGAUGGAGUGUCGCAAGGAUCGGCUUGUGUGGUGCCUCACGGCAACAUAUAUGCCGUCGUCGAUUUGUACGGCCAGUGUGCAAGAGUCAGUAUUCCUUGCGCGUCUCCUUUGGCGCCGCUCGCAUCUGCCGGAGUAGAUACUUGUCCCAGAUCUGAUACGUCUGUGUCGCUACAAGGAACUAGCGUUCUACAUCCGAACGCCGAAAUCGACCUGCACAGGUUUUCCGAUUGUCACGACAAGGGUGUCAUACUGAGCGAAAACGGCAGAGUGGCGACAAGAUCCAAAGAGUACAACAACAGCGUCGUUUUCAGCAGUACCGCUCUAACGAAGGACGAAAUAUUCGAAGUGUCUAUAUUGGGUUUAUGGAAACAUAUGGCCGGUACUUUGUCAGUUGGCAUUACUGAAACGUCUCCGAAUGUCGGAAGUAGUUGCUUGCCGGCCGAUUGCUGUUAUUUAACAGGCAAUGAAUUAAAAUACAAAAAUCAGCUGAUGCAGUUCUUUACUCCUAGCUUUAACUGGUUGUCUGUGGGCGAUCGAGUUGGUAUUUUACAAACUCAAGACUGCGCUAUAAAAAUUUUUAUAAAUGGGGAAGAACUUCCUCUGCAUUUUCCUUCGAUGGGUGAAAACGUUUGGGCUCUGUUCGAGCUAAAAGGCCAAUGUUAUGAACUGUCUGUUACCAGUCAUAAGGCACCACCAGUAUCACCAAUGAAUAGCGCUCGUUUACAAGAUAGUCUGGAAAUAGUCCUGGAUCAAGAGCAGGCACCCGUAGAGUUAGAAGAGUGCAAUGCUAUCGUUGGAGAUGAAGCUUCAUCAGCUAGUAUACGUCGAUACGAAUUUCACGAGAACCACGGUCGCAACAUUGAACUAUUAUCGGACAAAACGAUCGCCCGACGUGUAGCUUCUUACAACCAGGGAGUGGUCGCCGUCGUACCGCCUUUAGAGCCCAACAAAGCGGUCCAAGUGGUACUGGAACACCUGGACACGCACUGGCAGUCGUCUAUAAUAGUCGGAGUGGUGGCGGGACCUUUGGAAAGGUUGAGCUUGCCGGUGAACGCGUUGGCCAUUAAGGGACCAAGUUGUAUCAUUGCAAACGACUGGAUUUCUAUCAACGGUGUCAAGGGAAGAUCAAACUAUGGUCAGGUACUGAACACUUUGACACAAGGUGACUCUAUAGGAGUGAUGAUCACAGAUUCAAAGUAUUUUAAACUAAUCGUUAAUGGAAUUGAAGAACAAAGCUUUCCGUGGUCUUAUCCGUUAGGACAGUCAGUGUAUGCUGUUUUUGAUUUGUAUGGACAGUGCCAAAAGAUAAGUAUAAUAAACGAGAGUUCGAAGUCUAGCGAGAUUUUGUCUUCUAAUAUGGAGUGCGAAAAGGCUGAUUUGGAACUAUGCGAAAAAGAGCGUACAGAAAAUAACCUCACACUGCCGAUUCCAAGUACGAGCCUAACAAACUCGAACGUUGUUCUCAAAGCAUCGCCCACUACCAGUCCGUUGGUGUUGUGCAUGUUUAAAGAAGAAUGCGAGAAUUUUAAAAAGAAGCUACUUUUACCAGAUUACUAUUUCUCGUCGGAAGAAGCCGUGUGCUACUGCCAGAAUUGCUAUAGAUAUAGAAGUCAGACAGAUGAGAAAGACGCCAAAGAAGACAAAGAUAACGUGCCGAUGGGCUGGGUGAGGUUCGCGUUGAAAAAUUUGACGAAUAUUAGCACUGACAAGUGGCACGUGGCAUAUUAUCCCACCAAGAUUGGCGCAGUGAGGUGUAUUUUGGACAGAGGACAGCCUUUGACAAAAGGACAAUCGCAAUGGUGUAACUUCACUGGUCAAAAGGGCGACGACGUACAAGUCGUAUUUUACCCAUCUUUAGAAUCCUGCACAGCAACACCGUUUGAUAUCGGCCACAAUAAGAAAAUCUCUGCGACGUUCCAAAUUUACGUCAAACCAGGGGCGUACUCAAUAGUUAGGGAAUCGGAAGUGAUAGAAUGGAGCACCAAGGAAUCCGGAGCGUUGGUACUAAACUCGCUACUCCUUCAAAUAAAAUAAAUCUGUCAUAAUUAUUUCUUUUUUUACUGUGAUCUUUUUGUUACUAGUCAAUGCGGAUUUCUCAAAUGGUUUGUAUAGAAUUCUUUUCAUAGAGUAUGCACAAGGGUGGAUUAUUUACAAAAUGUUUAAGGAAACCUGUUAUAGUCUGUAAAACCGUCGUUCAUCGUUACGUCAUACUCUUUAUUUUAGUUGAAAACGGGAUGAAAUAGGUUGUGAACGGUUUUACGAUAUUUUCUAAAUUAUUAUAUUUAGCGUAUUGUUUCUAAAGCCUGUCCAACGAAGCAUGGAAGACUUCGACAGACGACAUUCAAAAAAUGACAGAGAAAAUGCAAUUUACCUGUGAAUUAAAAGGACAGAUAAGUUCAGACAACAACUGUCACUGUCAUGUAUUGUCUCGUUGGACAGACUUUAGUAACUGUCAUUUCAUGUUUGUGAUUAUGUUCCUGUUGACGGAUAUCGAUCAGUGUCAAAAUAAGAUAUCAACUGCUCUGUCAAACAGUUGUUUGUUACUAAAAUAUUUAUUAAUAAGUAGCUUCAUCCAUUACACAAAAACAUUAUACAUACAUAUAUAUAAAAAUAAACCUAUGUAUAUGCUAUCACGGCACUGCGACGUCAUACUGGAGACAAAAAUAAAAUUCUUCAUUCAAGUGACAUUUUCAACAUUUGUUUAAAAACACAAAUAUUCCUAAAAUUCAUUGCGAAUUUUGCUAUUAUAUGAACUACAUAAAUAAAAGGCGAUUUUAUUUUGGCAUUCCCAAUUCGCAUUUCGUAAUUCGCGUGUGUAUGAACCUACCUUAAGAUAAGGAAAAUUUAUUAGUUUUAGAAUAAUCUUUGGUAGAAUUUUAUACAGAUCUAUAGAGACAACUUGUAACUAUUUGUAUGUCCUAUGCGUUUAAGGGAUCUCUGUUAAGUAUAUUUUUAUUUGGAACAAGCUGUAUAUACUUCAUUAAUAAAUAAAUGCAUGAUAAUAAUGUGUACAAAAAUAUCAUCGGUCACAUUUUUAUCCAGCACGUUUUUGGUCCAAUAUAAUGUAAUAUACUUGAACUCUCAAUAUAAUAAUAAACAUCUAAAAAUAAUUAUUCAUUCAAGAUUACUAUAUUAGCAAUCUUUAUAGCUUUAUAUUUUUUAGUAUCUGAAAUUAUUAUAUUUAUUACCAUUUUAUAGAUACAGUACAAUACCUAUCAUAUAUUCAUGACGUACGUCAAAAAAAUAUUAAAUUUUGUAACGUAUGUCAUG